UUUUUUUCUCAUUUGGUUGUAUUCAAGGUUGAUUUUUUCUUAAACAGUUUCAGAUGACUUCUUUGGAACCGUACCAGUUGAAUAACACGAAAAAAGCAAAGCGAGACAUACUCUUUUUCAACCGAGUUCCAAAAGUUGGGUCUCAAACUUUUAUGGAACUUUUACGAUUACUCAGCAUGAGAAACGAAUUUGAAUUUCAUCAGGAUCGCGUUCAAAGAGUUGAAACUAUCCGAUUAGCCCCCGAAGACCAAGCUUCGUUAGCGGCUAUGGUACAAAGUUAUGAUGAACCGAGUGUUUACAUCAAACACGUUUGUUUUACAAAUUUUUCAGAAUUUGAUAUUCCUGAACCAAUUUAUGUAAAUUUAGUUCGUGAUCCAAUCGAGAGGGUAAUAUCUUGGUAUUAUUACGUUAGAGCACCGUGGUAUUACGUCGAAAGAAAAAUAGCAUUCCCAGAUAUCCCACUUCCUGAUCCUAAAUGGUUAAAAAAAGAUUUUGAGCAUUGCGUUUUAUCUGGAGAUAGAGAAUGUAGAUACAUUAAAGGUGAAACGAGGGAAGGAAUCGGAGAUCAUCGUAGACAAUCAAUGUUUUUUUGUGGGCACCACGAAGAUUGCACCCCUUUUAACACGGACAUCGCCCUCCAAAAAGCUAAACAAGCUGUCGAUCAGCAUUACGCUGUCGUUGGGGUUUUAGAAGACUUAAAUAUGACUUUAAAAGUUUUGGAACAUUAUAUUCCGAAAUUUUUUGAGGGUGCAACUGAUGUUUAUUACAAUGAGAUUAAAAGAUACAACACAAUCAAUAGGAACAUGUAUAAACCUCCGGUGAGUGAAGAAGUGAAAGACAUCGUCCGACAAAAUUUUACGAAAGAAAUCGAAUUUUAUGAAUUCUGCAAACAAAGAUUACAAAAGCAGUAUUAUGCCUUAAAAUUACCCGAUAAGCGUUGAAUCAUCUCAACGAUUUGGAGGAAAAAACAAGUUUAAAAAUAAUGAAAAGGCUGCUACGUUGAAUAUUAUUUAUUGUAAUGUUCACCUGAAUGAAAUUGUGAUUUUAAUAUGUAAGAAAACAAUUAAGAAAAAGAAAAUUGUUGGAUUAUCAUUUUUAU